AUGGCUUCCCUCCACGAAUUCCAGCCUGCCGGCACAAUCCGCGCAACAGUUACAGAGUCCCGAAUCACCACAACAGGACUUUGUCUUCGUCGUCACUCGUCUCAUCUGCACAAUCGUCACCAACAGCCUGUCUCCCCUGCUGCACAGAAUCAACGAGUCGCCCAGUUGCUCCAGGCUUUUGGUCAUUCUUCGUCCCCUGUAAACCGUCCUACGAACCAGUUUUACGCCUCUUCGGCUCCAUCGUCUUCUACCGCUUUGAACAAGCAGAACCGCCCUGCUAGGCCUCCAGUUCCUCUCUUUUCUCAGAGUACAGGAAGUGUCCCGCAACAAACCGCCAAGAUGAUGAACGCUGCAGACGUCGAACUCCCUGAGGAGUUUACCGCCUUCGAUGGCGGGGCCAACACGGCUUUCUCUUCACCUGCUGUCCCCUCUGUCUUUGACUUUGGCGGCAGCUCUUCCAGCUCUAUUGGCAAUCUGGCGACUAUCUCGCCCCAAGAUCUUUUUGCUCAUGAUAAUUUCAUGUCUGCACCUAACUCGUCAGCAUUGACGGCCUUGACUUCACCAUCUAUCUACAACGAGUCCCCAGAGUUCGAUGGAUACGAUGUGUCUCCAAACUUCGGCAGUGCCGAUUUCGACGGUGCUGCAGACCCUUGGUUUCCCUUGUUCCCUCAGGACAGCAACGUUGCUCCUGCUCAACCCACCAGCGUCGAGAACUCACCGGAGCUCAAGUCUGAUGAAGUCGAUUCAGACAACCAGUCUCCUGCUCCUAGUCGCCGUAAGUCGGGUACAUCUCCUUCCACUCGUCACUCGUCUGUGGCCGGUGUGAACGCCCGCAAGCGUGACAAGCCCCUGCCCCCUAUCGUUAUCGAUGACCCUAGCGAUACCGUCGCUAUGAAGCGUGCUCGCAACACUCUUGCAGCACGAAAGUCUCGUGAGCGAAAGGCUGCUAAGCUGGAAGAACUUGAGGAUAAGAUUGCUAAGCUGGAAGCUGAGCGCGAUCACUGGAAGAGGAUCGCUCUUGCGCAAACCGGCAUGCAAUAA